AUGGUUCAACAACAAAGUCAAUCCAAUAGCAGCGACCUUUACAGUCAUAAUAACCAUACGUCUACGAUAAAAGACUUGCAAGCGGAUAGGACUUCGGGAUUUUCACAUAACAAUUCAUAUAAACAAAGAAACGGGUCGAUAAAUACGAAUAACGGCAUACAUGUUCCAAAUAUGCAGCAAUACCGUCUCCGUUUUAUGAGCACUAGUCAGUCGCGAGAGCAGGACUCUUACACCAUUGCGGACAAUUCGGACAAUGUUUCUCAAACUAAUGAGGAGGGUCAUCAACACAAGUCUGCCAUGGCAAGUGAAUUCAACUCCAAGACGUCGACGACACAACAAAUAAAUCAUGAAGUUCAAUAUCACAACCAGAAUAAAAUUCCUAAAACACUUCCUCUUCGUAUUGAACGUAGUCUUACUGAAGCAAUAAAUUCGCUGUAUGAGGACUUACUUCCUUCAGAGGAAAGUCAUGAACGAAGAAAGCGAUUUGUCGAUAAAAUAGAAAGAAUAUUAAACGAAGAGUGGCCUGAUCACGAAAUAAAAGUUAAUUUGUUCGGAUCAUCUAUGAACUUGCUUGGGACAUCAACAUCAGAUGUAGAUAUAUGCGUUACAACUCCAUGGAAUGGAUUAAAAAACAUAACUAUUUUAGCUAAAGGGAUGAAAAAACAUGGAAUGCAAGGAAUUUACUGUGUUCCAAAAGCUAAAGUGCCUAUUGUCAGACUUUGGGAUCCUACUUUAAAUUUGGCAUGUGAUAUCAAUGUCAACAACACCUUGGCCUUAUAUAACACGCGACUAAUAAGGACUUAUGUAAGCAUUGAUUCAAGGGUUCGUCCGCUAGCAAUGACAAUAAAACAUUGGGCACGACAACGAGUUUUAAAUGAUGCUGCCAAAGGUGGUACUCUGUCUACAUAUACUUGGACGUGCAUGAUUUUGAAUUUCCUACAAAUGCGUGAUCCACCAAUAUUACCAGUACUUCACCGAAUCCCCCACGAUCCUAAUAUAAUCAAUGGUGUUGAUGUGUCAUUUUUCGAAGACAUCGAUAAGCUAGAAGGAUUUGGUAGUAAGAAUCAUGAAUCGGUUGGUGGUCUAUUAUUUGCGUUUUUCAGAUGUUUUGCUUAUGAAUUUGAUUACGAUCAUAACGUAAUAUCUCUUCGGGAAGGUAGGUACCUUACUAAAGAAGAAAAAGGAUGGGGCGACACCGGUAAAGGCUGGAGACUUUUGUGCGUAGAAGAACCUUUCAAUACAUCAAGGAAUCUUGGUAACAGUGCUGAUGAUGUUAGUGUUAUUGGACUAAGAAAUGAAUUCCGCAGAGCAGCCAGAAUUCUAUAUGAAAAAGAAGGCAAGGAGAGUCUGCGGCAUUGUUGUCAGCAAUAUAUAUUCCCAACACAUUACAAUUACAAUAACAAUAGGGCUGUUGGAUCAGCAUAUCAUUACAACAAACAAAAUGGGAAAAAGUCUGCACAUUAUAGACAUUAUCAAAAUAAUGGCCGUGUUAAUAAUGGUUACCACAAACAACGAGAUGGUGGAAUAGUAAAUGAUAACAAUGGUAAUUUUAGAGAAAAGGAAGAGCCAGAUAAGAAUGAUGAUAAUAGUUCCUAUACUUCAUCACAUCAGAGAAUUGAACAGAGAUCAAUCAGCCCCAAACAUUAUUCGAAUUCAAGGAAUAGCAAUGUGUUCGUACCUAUUCCUAGCUAUGAUAAUUAUAAUCAAAAUUUUGCCACUGAUUCAAAGCAAGAUUCUGCGUCAGAAUUUAAUAGGGAGCGUCCAAAUUAUACAUCUGAAUCGUUUCAGGCAUCAAAUUAUUCAGAGAAUAGAAGACAGUCUUCAGAAUUGAGUGAGCCAUAUAUCAAUACGCAAAAGACUAACGAUGAAUCAAAUAAGAUGUUGACUUACCCAUCAGUCCAAAAGUCUACAGUUCCAUUAAAUCAGAAGCUUAUCUGUACAUCGAGUCAAAAGCAUAUUGGUCAACCUAAUCAGAAAUAUUUUAGCAUGCAAAAUAAACCUACAGUCGGAGCAAAUAGGGUUUCUGAUCAUGAAUCUGAAAAAAAGUUUACAAAUUUUUCAGAUUCCAAACCCGUUAGAGAGAUGAAGUCAAAUUUUAAUCAUUUGUCUAACAUAAAUUCAGUUCAUGAUUCCGAUCAACCAUCCAGCCCAAAACUCGGUUAUCAAACGACUCAAGCCUCGAAUAUCAGAUCAGGUCAAACAUAUAACAAAUCUGCAAAUUUGCACCCAAAGUCCUCUUGCCAUUCAUCAAGGCCUAAUGAAGAGGCUAAUUAUAAAUCUUAUGCAUAUGGUGGGUGUGGUGAGAACAGUACGCUCAUUAAGACGUUUCCAAAUUUAACAACACCCAAAAUUAAUGGAAGUCAUGGUCAGCUAACAAUGACUCAAACGUUUGAUAAAAAAACGUCAUAUCCAGUUACGGCCGCUUUUAUUCCUCAGAAUCACAUGCCAAUUUACUCGUCACAACAUAUUCAGAGUCAUAACUCGCAACCAUACGAAAGUUCUACCACGUUUCAAAGACGCUUGUCGCAUCAAUCAUCAUCCGACGACAAUUAUUAUUCAAACAACCAUCAGAAUAAUAAUUCUAACUUCAGCAAAAAGAAGCGACAGCAUAAUAAUUAUGGUAACUUCGAUAAUAGCAAUGGACAACACUAUCAAGGCCGUAACGAGUCAAAUUCUGUUAUUACAUCUAUGAAUUCUGUUAGAAGUAAUAACAAUUUGACAAUGUCCAGUCAAUCUGCCCCCAGCAUACAUAAUGAAAAUGUGAUAUCAAAUUAUUCAACAUCGCAAAAAUUGAAUCAACAUCAUACAAUGUCAAAAGGGUCCAAUGGUAACAUGAAUUAUAAUACCAAUGGUUUUAAAGCCUGUAAUGGAACUUCAAAUAAUGGACAUUCGAAUAAUAAUAAUUAUUCCAACGGAACGAAGUCAACAAAUAGCUAUCAGAACAAUCAUUAUGCUAAUGGUUCAAGGACAGUGAGUAAUGGUAACCAUAUUGAAGGGAAUUACACGCAUGCAUCGAAAGUUCCAAAUGGUGGUUAUUCGAACAAUGAUAAUUGCUCUAUUAGACCAGUUUCCGUUAAUGGUCCUCACUUUAGAAACAAUUGCCAUAGUAAUUACUCUGAUGUUCUAAAGACGUCAAAUAACGGUGCCAACAGUAAUUACGCUAACGUUGUAAAAACCAUGAACGAUAGAAAUCAGAACUCCGUUAAAUAUAACAAUAAUAGUUACACCAAUGGUGGAUCUCAGCCUGUAAGCUAUGAUAACGCCAUGCGCAACAUGAAUGGUACUAGUCAUUAUGCCAGGGAUUCUAAUAAUUCUAAUGCGCAUAAAGCCUUUGAUGGAAAUAAUUUUAAUGCGUCAAAGACCGUUAAUAGUUCUUCCAAUAUGCCAAGGACCACGAAUAUUAAUAAUAACAAUUCCAAUAAUCAACGGAACAAUUUCAAUCAUCGUAAGAAUCAGAAUCGUAAUGGUAGAAAUAAAAAAAACAAUAGCCCUCAGAAAACGGAUAAAAAAGAUGAUAAUGCGAUUCAGCAACAUCAAGUUCCAUGUUCUAUGACAAUAUCACAACAACAGCAGGAGACUGGAUCAAAACAAAAAAAUAGUCCUGCACGUUUAAAAGGUGGUAAAAAUGGGGUAUUUCAUUGUCAUGAAUUCGGAGUUCUUGUAUCUUCAAUUCAAGAGAUUGAAAUGAGAGAUGAAAA